AUGGCAGCCGCCGCCUGCGACGCCGCCGCCGUCGAGCAGCUCGCUGGCCUCCUGGACCAAGUGGAUGCGCCGCUGAAGAAGACAUUUGAGAAUGUGCACCAGGGCUACCCAACAGAGACAUUAGUGCGUUUCCUUAAAGCUAGAGAGUGGCAUGUGAAUAAGGCUCACAGGAUGCUUGAAGAUUCUUUGAAUUGGAGGAUACAAAAUGAAAUCGAUAGUAUACUGGAGAAACCUAUUAUCCCAGUAGAUUUGUAUAGAUCAAUUCGUGAUACACAGCUUGUUGGGUUAUCAGGAUACUCCAAAGAGGGCAUCCCUGUAUUUGCAGUUGGUGUUGGACUGAGCACAUAUGACAAAGCUUCGGUUAACUACUAUGUGCAAUCUCACAUUCAGAUCAAUGAGUACCGUGAUCGUUUUAUUUUGCCUAUGGCGACAAAGAAGUAUGGGAGACCUAUUACCACCUGUAUAAAGGUUCUCGAUAUGACUGGUCUGAAAUUGUCAGCACUAAACCAAAUGAAGAUUGUGACUGCAAUAUCUACUGUUGAUGAUUUGAAUUACCCUGAAAAGACUGAGACCUAUUAUAUAGUAAAUGCUCCAUACAUAUUUUCCGCAUGUUGGAAGGUCGUGAAGCCUCUGUUGCAAGAGAGGACAAGAAAGAAGGUUCUUGUUUUGCGUGGUUGUGGGAGAGAUGAGCUUCUAAAGAUCAUGGACUACUCUUCCCUUCCCCAUUUCUGUAGACAGGAAGGCUCGGCCUCAUCCAAACAUUCAUCAAGCGAUGCCGACAAUUGCUUCUCUCUCGAUCACCCGUUCCACCAAGAGCUUUACAACUUCAUCCAGGAGCAGGCACUGAAUCAGGAGCUCAUUAAGCAGGGCUCCUUGCAUGUGAAUAUCCCUGAGCAGGACCCUGAGGAUGCAAAAAUCGUGGAGGUCAUUGAGGCUGAGUUCCACAAGCUUGGUGUGCAGAACGGGUCCGCCAAUGGCAUCGACCAAGCAUAG